UCUAUCUGGCAACGCUCACCGAGCACUCAGUGUCAAAAUUUCGGCCCGUUUGAAACGAAUAAAAUAGUUAAUUUUCGGGCUUUAGUUCUUACAUUUAGCACGGCAUUUUUCCCAACUUUUUUUGCCUAAAGAUUUGGGGUACAAAAUUCAUAGCUGAUUGCAAUGUUCCGAGUUGGCAAGCUUAGAGGCAGCCUGUCUGAGGUGGCCAAAAAGGAAGCGGGACCGGUGCGUUUCCAGCGGCGCUGCAUUCAGGCAAGGAGUUUCUUGCCGGGAUUGGCCAGUAGAACGCCAGGAACGCUAUCGGCGACGGCCCAAGUGACUGGUGGCAGCAAGCAGCAGGUCCAGCCGCAGUCCCAUACAAUCGACAGCGGUCCCGAGGACCAGAACAGCCGCUGGCCAAGGAAGGUAUUCAGCGGCAUCCAGCCCACGGGAUCCCUGCACCUGGGCAAUUACCUGGGCGCCGUGCGCAAGUGGGUGCAGCUGCAGAAUGCCCGCGACGACGUGACCGUCUGCAUCGUAGACUUGCACUCCAUCACCAUGCCCCACAAUCCGCCGCUGCUGCGCGAGAACAUCUUCACCAUGGCCGCCACGCUGCUCGCCUGCGGCAUCGAUCCCGCCAAGAGCACACUAUUCGUCCAGUCCGCCGUCGCUGAGCACGCCGAGUUUAACUGGAUCCUCAGUUCGAUGACAACGAUGCCGCGUCUGGCUCAACUGCCACAGUUCCGGGAGAAGUCCCGCCUGCUUAAGGAUGUCCCACUGGGAUUGUACGUUUAUCCGGUUCUUCAAGCAGCCGAUAUUAUGCUUUAUAAGGCUACCCAUGUUCCUGUGGGCGCUGACCAGAUACAACACAUCCAGCUGGCCCAGCACUUGGCUAAAACUUACAACGGUCGCUAUGGCGAAACUUUCCCUGUGUGCCACGCCAUCGUCGAGGAUGGUGACGCCUCCCGGGUGCUGUCCCUGCGAGAUCCUUCCAAAAAGAUGUCAAAAUCAGAGGCCAAUCCCAAGGCCACCAUCAAUCUAUGCGAUUCGCCUGACCUAAUCACGCAGAAGAUAAAGAAAGCCGUCACAGACUUCACGUCGGACAUAACCUACAAUCCUGGAAAGCGUGCCGGCGUGAGCAACCUCGUCAACAUCCAUGCCCAGGUUACGGGGCAGUCGAUCAAGACAGUGGUAGAUGAGGCUGCCACUCUGGACACGUCCAAGUACAAAGACCGUGUGGCUGAGGCUGUGGUCGAGCACCUGCGUCCGAUCCGGGAGCAGAUCCACCAUCACAUGACCAGGCGCAACGAGAUGGUCUAUCUGCUGGAGGUGGGUGCCGAAAAGGCGCGUCAGCAAGCGCAGCAGACGUUGAACGACGUGAAGCAGCGCCUGGGACUGGGCACUAGCGUCAAUAUGCCGGCUGCGGUGCAUGUGGUACCGCUUCUACCCGCACCCGAGGUUCCCAAGACCUCGGCCAGCAGGCGCAUGUCCAAGGACUUCGACGGCAAUGUCCACGAGCGCCACGAGCGGAUGUACGGCUUCGGGGAUCAGCCAAGCGGUGGAGCUGGCCAGUCGGCCACUGGGGAACUGACGGAGAUGUCUCAAGCGUCGAUGCCGCGCGUGCCCCGUCGCCCGCCCGUCGUGCCGGCCCAAUCCCUGCGCGUGGAGAAGCAACUGGGCAGCACCCGGACACGUCACGUAUUCCAGAUGGACACCUGCAAUGCCCCGCACAUUGGAUUCAAGCCGCCACCUGGAUUUUCUGCCAACUUGGUCACUGGUGGACUAGCAAAGAACAAGCGUCCGACAGUAAAACCCGUUUCCGGAAGCAUGGGAUUCGGACAGCACUCGCAUGGAGGCUCGUCCAAACACGGCCAGAACGUUAAUCCCAGUGCGGUGUCGACCAUAGCACGUGAAGUAAAUGCCGCCAAGAAGCAGGAGUUCACCUGCAAUGUGGCCAACUCUGCCUUCUACGCAUCUGCCCUCGACUCACGUCAAAGUUCGAAUCGUUCCAGCGAGAAGAGCUCCUCCAAGGCGCAAGACAGUGAGUUUAUUAUUGUUGCGAAUGAGGAGGAGGAGCAGAACUCCUCAGAGGAGCAACGCGAGGAGACUGAAGAGGAGGAGGCAGUGGAGCGGGAAAGGGAGAAUGGCGAACGCAAAGCCUCCGAAGCUACCAAAGUCGAGAUCUAAGUCUAGGAAACAUUGCAAUUGUUAUUAGUGUAGUACAAGUAUACUUAGCAACAUUUCUUUCAAAUCUGUCGUUUUUAUGAAAAUAGUCGUGCUUCUACCGGAAAAAAUAGUCUAUAUUUAAAGUGUAUGUCGAUGACAUAUAAUUAUUUUAAACCAAAAAAUUGACGUAUUAAAAUCGAAUGACAAGUAAAACUGAAAUACAUUUGAUCGCUAUAAUUGUUGUUAAAUUUACUUUUAUGUACUGUUACAGUAAGGUAACAUAAAAAUAUUAUUAAAUGUUAAACGCGUGAGUGAUCGAUUUGGCAUCAAAUUAUAAUCGAAUCCAGAACAUCAAAAUAAAUUAACACACUGCUUAGCAUAAGAA